AUGGAGCAACCGCAUCUUUUACCGGCAGUGCUUGCCCUUGAGCAGGAUCAUUUUCUCAAUGAGGCUCAGAGCGGGAGCGGUGUGACCUUUUGCAUGGAAUUGUUCUGCAGGAGUGUGUGGACGCGGCGAUUUGUUUCUAUUUCCUCUAUUUUUUUCUUUGUAUUUGUUGUAGCGAGAGCGCGUACAACGCUUUGGACGGAUGUGUUUGUUUAUCAUCCGAUAUUGAUGGCCAUUGCCUUCUUUGCCAUCAUUCCGGAGUUGCUUGGCUCCAUUUUUAUUAUUCAGGGUUAUGCGCGGGACCCGAGAAUGAGAUGUGGUUUGAUGCAGGCACAUCGCCGUUAUGCACUCAUCCUAAAAACCAUCAGCGCGUUUGGCAUCAUUGCGGUUGAGUGGAGUAAAUUUCGGCGAUCCAAAGCGCACCUUGUGACGUGGCACGCUCGCAUUGGUGGUGUGUGUGAACUUUCACAGGUGCUGGAGACCUUGCUUGGUCUCACCAUUUACUACAGACUUUUGGAUCACCGAAUUACAACCUCUCAACGUGCCAAAAUGCGUCUAGCGCAUCGUUAUCUUGGUGUUAUAGUGGUUGUGACUGGUCUUAUAUCCAUGUCUCUCGGUAUGCUUUCUCAUUUUGCCUUGCGUGUCUUUGAAGUAACAUUUCUUCGGCUGUUCUUUGCCAUUCUCCCAGUUGUUUUGGCUGUGUGGGCGUACUUUGGCGUAUCGUAG